UACUGCUACUGCUACCUGCUGAUUGCUAUCUCUCUCUCUGCGCAUCCCACAUCAACCUGCUACGCCUUGGGUCACCUCCAAGCCUUCCAGGCAGGGGGAGUUUCACGGCGCCCGAGGAUGGACACCGCCAUAGGCGCGGCGAAGUGGGUGCUGGAGAAGGCGCUGGCCCCUGUCACGGAUGGCUUGCUGGAGGCCUGGGCAGCUAGUGCCAAUCUCGAUCGCAACAUCGACGACCUCAAGAUGGAGUUGCUGUAUGCGCAUGGGAUGCUCGAGAACGCGCAGGGCAGGGGCAUCCGUGGCCUUGCGCUCAAGGAGCUCCUGCGCAAGCUGGAGCAGCUGGCAUUCGGAGCAGAUGAUGUGCUGGAUGAGCUGGAGUACUUCCGCAUCCAAGACGUCCUUAAAGGAACCUACCAUGCCGCCAACGUGAAUGACAUGGGUUCCACCCAGGCCAUCCGCAUCAAUGUUGAACACACGGCAAGGCACGUCACCAGCAAACUCGUGGGUGCUGCUAGCCAUGGUGAUGACCAAGAAAGUGACCCUGGUGAUCACCAAGAAAAUGAUGGCAAUCAAGGAUGCCUCUCUGGCGUACGCUUGUGUGGCAGGCGGGGCAUCAGCUCCUCUCCACCGACGCCUGCCAACAAGGGGGGUGUCAAGAAGGUUGAUAGCAGAUGCAUGCCCAAGGUCAUCUCAAGUGCUCGCAACGCUGCCCACACAUUCGAGCAAGAAGUAGCAAACGUGACUUGGUUCUCUAGACUACGGGAGUUCAAGAUUGUAAGAUGCCCAAAUCUGAGGACAAUGCCUCCUAUCCCUUGGACCAGUAGCCUAUUCUCCAUUGAGAUAGCAGAAACAGGCUCAACUUUUGAGAAGCUCACUUACUCAAAAGGAAGGUACGAAAAACCGGGAUUAAGUUUGGAAAUUUGGGCAGCGGGUGGUGCAGAUAGCUUGUUUUGGAAAGCGUUGGCUUUCUGUAAUUUGAGUGCACUACAAAGAUUGUAUCUAUCCAAUUGCCCUCCUUUGCCAUUGAAUAUCAUCCAAAUGCUAACAUGUCUGCAGUGCCUCACUAUAAGUGGCUGUUCGAGUAUUGUUUUGUCGCCAAUCGGAGGCGAGAGCCAUGUCAGAUACGAGUUUCCAUUGGAAGAACUCUGCAUUUUUGAUAGUGGUGCUAGUGGGAAAGAAUUGAGUCAACUGCUCUCUCACUUCCCGAGGCUCACCACGCUGGAAAUAGCUCAUUGCGAAACGAUAACAGAAGUUGGUGUGUCGGAGCAGCAGAGUGGAUCACAGCAGCAGCAGCAGAGAAAAGAAGAGGAGGAAAUAGUGGCGACGGCAGAAGGAGGACUGCUGCUCUUGCCUACCCAACUACAGAAGUUGAGCGUCCAAAAUUGCAGUCAGCUGAGGAUAGUCCCUAAUUCUGGGGGCGACAACAACCAAGCAGCAGGAGGUCUCCAGCGUCUAUGCUCCCUCCGCAAAGUGAGAUUCGAGAAGUGCCCCAAUUUGCUUUCCUCCUAUUCGGGCUCCUCCUCGUCUUGUUUCCCUUUCCCGACCUCCCUGGAAAAACUCGACCUAUGCAAGAUUGAAGAAGUCAAUAUGGCAAUCACAAACCUAUCCAACCUCGAAGAACUCAAGCUGACCAACAUGGAUGCCCUCACAAAUCUAAGCAUCAGCCCUUCCUCAAAACUGCAUACCCUAAACAUACGAAGCUCCGCAGGAGUUCUGUCCGCCUCCAUAUGCAGCCUCCUCUCUACCUCCCUCACCACAUUGAACUUUUUUGGUAGCGAAGAGGUGGAGCCCAUCCUAGGAGAGGCCCUCCUGCUUCUCACCUCCCUCCAAGAGCUCGUAUUUGUUUACUGCGACAAAUUGCAGUUCCUCCCUGCAGGUCUACAUAAACUUGCCAGCAUCAAGUACUUAGGUAUCGCUGGAUGCCCAUCCCUCCAGUCGCUACCCAAGGACGGCCUCCCGAGUUCUUUGCAGCAAUUAGAGAUCACCCGCUGUUCCAUGAAAUCAUUCCCCAAGGACAGCCUCCCGAGUUCUCUGCAGCAAUUACAUAUCUCCCGUUGUUCUGAGCUCGAAUUGCUUCCCACUUUUUCGGACAGCCUCCCGACUUCUCUGCAAAAAUUAGAGAUCUGGGAUUGUCCUGCCAUCAAACCGGUGCCCAAGGACGCCCUCCCGAGUUCUCUGCAGGAAUUAGUGAUCAAGAUGUGUCCUGAAAUCAAAUCGCUACCGGAGGACGGCCUCCCCAAAUCCCUGCGAGUACUAGAUGUCAGUUACGGCAACAGCGAGGAGCUUAAAAGGCAGUGCCGCAGGUUAAUAGGGGAAAUUCCAAUAAUCAUAGCCUGACAAAUGCUUCCAAGGGCUUUUCUUUCUCUUCUUGAUUGGUACAUCAUCAGUCGUUCUUCUCAGGCUCAUCAGUUUUUACUUUUUACCAGUGCAAGCACCAAGACUUUAGUCUGUAUCAUCCAUCAUGAUUUUAUCCUCUUUCGCGGUGUAGCAAGUUUCAGGGACAUUUCCAGUAAAUCAAACACUAGCGGAGCUAUGUUUCACUCAGCAGGGGCUGCUGUUAUAGUACACGGCCAUGCCCACACACACACACACACACAAUCAACCUUGUAUAGCUCCGCCACUGAAGUCAAAUAUGACCAUUUCAUGGGCUCUAUCUUGGAGUUGCACGGUUUUGAGCCCUUAAGGGACUCACUCUGUCCAUCCAUGCACACUUCUCACAUGAGGGUCUUGUGGUAUCCUCUGAUGUACAUAAAUCUGGGAUCUACCUCGGAGUUGCGUAGUUUCGUGCCCUUCAAGGACUAGCUCGAUCCAUCCAUGCAUAGUUCUCACAUGAGGAUCUUGUGGGAUCCCCUGCCUGUACAUGAAUCUGGACUCUAUCCUGGAAUUAUACAUUUCUGUACACUUUGUAGUAUUCACUCCAGCACUUGUAGGAUUCCUACAAGUGUUACAGAUCUGAUUUAGGAGCUCUGAAAAUUUCACUACAAGGAAAUGGAUCAUAAUUCACAACAGCAACAUGAAGCAACAUAAUUCACAACAGCAACUGCAACAUCAUGUGAAAUUUUGAAGUUGUGCUGAAUCUUGUAAAAACAUCUGGAGUUUUCUCAAUAUAGGAAGGGUUACGGGAACCACCAGCUGCUGAUGAUUUACACGCUGCAAAGCUGUUUACAUGCAAACUAACACUUACUAAUGGGUGAUGCAUUAUCAAUCUCGGUAAAAGGUGUGGUCCUGCUGGUUCAGGCAGACCUGGUUCUCCUGGUAAGCAAAUUGUCAAGACAUGAUUAAGUUCUCCUGGUUCUCCUGAAGAUCUCGACCUGUAUCUUCCAUUCUGUCCAUAAUCUGGACUCUUAUCUUGGAGUUGUACAUUUUUCCACCCUUGUAACACUCAGUCCAUCCAUGCAUGAUGCAUAGUUCUCACAUGACGGUCUUGUGUUAUCUUCUUCAUGCACAUACAUUUGGUGUUCUUAUCUUCGCUUUGCUAUGCAUCAAAAUACUUCACUUAAAUCUUCGUGGUCAUCCGUGAACACAUGGUGGUGCACUUGCUAGUUCAAGACUAAAUGUGCUCUCGCAGAUGGUUUUCAAGUUCACUAUGCUUCCACAACCUUUUCAUAACUUUACAUUUUCAGGUUUGCAUUUCAUUGUUACAAGAUGUUCUCCAAGCCGAUCAUCCUUUUAUCUUAUGUUGCUAGCCUCAUCGGUACUUGGCAUUGCAUUUCCUACAUUGGGAUCUAGCAUACUCCGCCGGUACAUCCGAACCCCUUGUGGAGUUUCUCACUAAAAAAAAGUGAGUUGUGAGAGGUAAGAAACCAAGGUUGAUAGAACAGUUGAAUCAACCAUGAGAGAAAAAAACAAUAAAAAAUAAAAGGCCAAAGGUAAAAUUACCCCAAAAAAUAGAAGAAAAAAAGAGAGAAACUUUCAUUAAGCCACUUCAGUUUUCCAGUGAGUCCACCAUAUCUACCUAUCAUAGCACCUCCUCAUUUGCUAUUCCAAGUAGUGGAUUCUUUUGCCAUGCACAUUCAUAUUUUGCUUUGCACAUCUUUUAAGGAGGCAUAUUAGUCAUCAUUAUUAGCACUUGUUGAAACUUGCCAACCAUUUUUGCUUUUAUUUUCAUAUAUUAGAGCUUUUGUUGGCACCUUUCAAGCUUUUGUAGGGCAGAGAAAAGGAAUGAAAAAAGAAAAAAGAAAAAAAGAAAAAAGAAAAAAAGAAAAAGGGAAAAAGAAAAAGGAAAAAGGAAAAAGGAAAGAAAAAAGAGAUAAAAAAGAAAGAAGUAAAGAAGAAUAAGAUAGGAGUCAUGUUUCCUCUCUAUCAAGCUCUUAGUCUUAAUUUAUAGCGAGAUGAGCCUUAUUGCUUAGCCUUAUACUUUCUCACUUUUCUUACCACCCAUUUAUUCAUCAUAUAGAGCUUAGCACUCAUAGCUAAUUCUGUUCAUCGUCAUGUAGUGGGAUGGUUUAUUUGCAUAUGCUUUGCUAGGACUUCAUGGUACAUAUCACUUCAUAUCCAUUGUGCAUACCUUGGCAAAUCCCUACUUCCCAUGCAACAUCGAAACCGAGGACAUCACACAUGCCUUGGGGUCACUCUGCGUUACAUGGGCCUAUCUUUUCCUUGUCGAGUCACUCCCAUCCUUUCACAUCCUUUUCUAAUGAUCGGAAAUACGAGGCUUCUUGGUUCAUGGGACUGCUUACUUGACUAUGUGAUCCGUGCUUCCCAAGACAUGAAUUGGGAGCUCAAGAUGGGUUGAAUCUAUGGAAUGAUCUUGCUCGAAAGACUUUGUAUCAUGGAGUAUCCAUUUUAGUAUAUGGUACUAGAGCUACAGUUUUGAAGGGACACUCAAGAAUCAACUUCCUUAAGGUCCACAUGUUGAUCACUUGACCAUUUCCCCCUGCCGCACGAGCUGUGAGGAGGGCAAGAUGUCGAGGGCGAUGGUGCUGCUGACGAUGAAAACCUACUCUCUGAAAAUCUCCUCCGCCUCCUCCAGCAGCCGUCCUCACUCCCCCGUGCCUCCCUCGUCUGCAAACGCCAGCGUCGCAUCGUAUCCAGCAUCCGCUUUUUACGCCGCUUUCACACACACCGCCACUGCAGCACUCCCCUCCUCAGUUGCUUCGUCAGCGACCUGCGAGGCUUCUCCUACGCACGUACCAUGGAGGCCCCAGCUCGUGUCACCGCCGGGUGCGGUCAUGGGUCCUGGAUCCACGACACUGUUCACUUGGUUGGUUCCGGGGGACAACCAAAAGGUUCCCGGGAAUUGCCCAGGAGAUUCACUUAAUGAACCGCUUUCAGCAGAACCACUGAAAUUUUACGCUGUCGUGUGACAACGCGCCCUGAAUCGCUUGCUAGUAGCCUGAGUUAUGAUUUCGUGGAGUGCCUGAAGCUUGAAGUUUUCCUUGUGUUUAUGUAAUUAUUAUGAUCUGGAAAACAAAUUCCUUGCGGUGUCUGGUUUAGUUUAGUUUAUGUCACAAGUUCUGCUUCUGCAGCAAAAUUGGCAAAUUCUUUGUAUAAUAAUUGAACCAAAUUCUAUGUGUUGUUUGCAGUCUAAUUUCUUCAGUUUGGCCAAAGGAAUUAUGAUUUUUUAUUUUUAGUAACAUAGUAUGACUGAAGCUUUCAUCACGAAGAUAUAAGCUUAGUGUUGUUUUGAUAUCAUGCAGUGUAAAAGAGAUGGAAUA